UAGAAGCUGAAAGUCUCCUUUUAAAAGCUAAAGAUGCCUGUGAUGAAGGGCCUCCUUGCGCCACAGAAUACCUUUUUGGACAGCAUUGCAAACCACUUUGAUGGAAGUCACAGCAACUUUCUUCUGGGAAAUGCUAGGGGUCGAUGCGAUUACCGGAUCAUCUAUUGUUCAGAUGGUUUUUGUGAGCUAACUGGUUUUGUUCGGACGGAGGUCAUGCAGAGAACCUGCACCUGCACCUUCCUUCAUGGGGCUGAGACCAGUGACAGUGUAAUGGAGCAGGUGCUUAAAGCUCUGAAGAGUCAGCAGGAGUAUCAGGGAGAGAUCUGCUUUUACAGGAAAAAUGGAAAUCAGUUCUGGUGUCUCCUGGAUAUUGUUCCAAUUAAAAAUGAGAAGGGCGAGGUGGUUCUGUUUCUGCUGUCCUUUAAAGAUGUCACCGAAUCUUGCAGGACAAGCCAUCACUACAAUCAUGAAGAUGAGGCUCCUAGAGAAAAUCGAAAAAGCAGUCAAUCGUGUUUUAUUCGAGCUCAAGGAAGGGGGAGAAGUGUUCUGCACCGCCUGAGUAACCUGUUUGCAAAGAGACGCAAGACGAAACUGACCAAUAGCAUGUUCCAGAAACCCUCCGUACCUGAGUACAAGGUGACCUCUGUGAAGAAGUCCCGUUUUAUCCUCCUGCAUUACAGCAUUUUCAAGGCCAUGUGGGACUGGUUGAUUCUGCUGGCGACUUUCUACAUCGCUGUCACUGUACCUUUCAACGUCUGCUUUGUCAGUCACAGCGAAGGUGGCAACCGUCUCUCACUUGUCACUCGCAGCACCACAUGGAGUGACAUUGCAGUGGAGAUGCUCUUCAUAGCUGAUAUUAUUCUGAAUUUCCGCACCACAUACGUCAGCCAGUCGGGUCAGGUAGUGUAUAACACCCGAUUCAUCUGCCUACAUUACUUCACUACCUGGUUCUUUGUGGAUCUGAUUGCGGCCCUGCCAUUUGACCUUCUCUAUGCUUUCAACGUCUCAGUGACCUCACUGGUGCACCUUCUAAAGACGGUUCGUCUGCUGCGCUUGCUUCGGCUCUUGCAAAAACUGGAUCGUUACUCUCAGUACAGCGCAGUGGUCCUUACUCUGCUCAUGUCUAUGUUUGCCUUGCUGGCUCACUGGAUGGCCUGCAUCUGGUAUGUCAUUGGACGCAAGGAGAUUGAAAGUAGUGAUCCUGUUACCUGGGAUAUAGGGUGGCUUCAGGAUUUGGGUAAACGUCUGGAGACACCAUACAUCAACAGAACCAUAGGUGGACCCUCCAUCCCCAGUGCCUACAUUGCCUCCCUCUACUUCACUCUCAGUAGCCUCACCAGCGUUGGUUUUGGCAAUGUGUGUGCCAACACAGAUGCAGAGAAAAUCUUCUCCAUUUGUAUUAUGCUGAUUGGUGCUCUGAUGCACGCGGUGGUCUUUGGUAAUGUAACAGCCAUUAUCCAGCGCAUGUACUCACGGCGCUCGCUCUACCACACCCGCAUGAAGGACCUCAAAGACUUCAUCCGUGUGCAUCGACUCCCUCAGCAGCUGAAGCAGAGAAUGCUGGAGUAUUUUCAAGCCACAUGGUCAGUCAACAAUGGCAUAAAUGCAAAUGAGCUGCUUCAUGACUACCCAGAUGAACUGCGAGCAGAUAUCGCCAUGCAUCUGAACAAAGACAUCCUGCAGCUGCCUGUGUUUGAGAGAGCCAGCAGAGGGUGUCUGCGCUCUCUCUCCCUGCACAUCAAGACCUCCUUCUGUGCACCAGGGGAGUACCUCAUCCGCCAUGGAGAUGCCCUGCAUGCCAAUUAUUUUGUCUGUUCCGGUUCUCUUGAAGUCUUGAAAGACAGUAUGGUCCAAGCUAUUCUGGGCAAAGGUGACCUGAUAGGGGCUGACCUGCCAGAGCAUGAUCAGGUGAUCAAGACAAAUGCAGACGUGAAGGCGCUCACCUACUGUGACUUGCAGUACAUCAGUGUCAAGGCUUUAAGAGAGGUUCUCAGGCUGUAUCCAGAGUACGGCAGUCUCUUCAGCUCUGACAUCCACCACAACCUUACCUACAACCUGAGAGAGGGCAGUGAGCCUCAUCAUCAUGUCUCUUUGGAUCACAAACUACCCAACGUCAAUGACGCAAAUGAUGAAGAAGAUACAGAUGACAUGAACCAUUUGUGGCAGAGCAGAGUACAAGGUUCUGGAGGGACUCUUCAGUUUUCCCGUCUCAACACUUUAGGACAGGAGCACAUCCAAACGCUCCACCCAUGUCGGUCACCUGUUUCUCAACGCCAAGGCUGUAGCAUCUCUUCUCAGUUCUUUGCCAAUGAGGAUCUCACUCUAUCACCUAAUGUCAGUCUGAAAAACGAAUCCCGGUUAAGUCAUCGGCCAUCCAAGCUACUCUUUCCAUCCUUCCCUUGUGUUAGUCCUCUUAACCUGAGCCCCAGGGUUGUGGAUGGGAUUGAAGACAACAGUCACACAUUUCAGUUCAACACAGAGCAGGAUAAGAUAAGGAUUGAUGAGUUACAGAUUAAUGCUAACCUUCUAAUUGAGACAGAAGAAGUGAAACAGAACAUGACCAAAUUAAAUAAAGAGGUGAACAACUUAAAUGAAGAGGUCUCCAACCUGACUAAAGCGCUCCAUGACAUGAUGCAUUUUCUGCAGUCAAAUAUGCCUGCGCUUCAUCAUGUCUCUCCUCCUGGUGUUACAAGUUGUAAAAACUGGCAGCCUCGUAUCCCUUUAGAUUCAUCUGGAAAUGCACAGGACUGCAAUGGGAUACCAUCCCACAACAAGUCUCCCACUUUGCUUCAUUCAUCAAGCUCUGUGUCUACCUCUUUGCACCUAUGCUGCUCUGAUAGAGAUGGAAAAACAGCUGAUAGGCUGCAGAGUCAGUACAGUCCAUUUCAAGCACUCAGAGCCACCCCAAGCUCUCCUUACAAUCACAGAGUUUUACCCCUCCUCGGCAUUGAUUCAGGCCCCAGCAUCUUUCCAGUGAUUUGUCAAAACCAAAGAGGACUCUACAAUACAUCUAGUCCUAUUAAAAAUAACACUAAUCCAGUUAAUUGUGGACACUCUCAUUCUACAUUGAAUUUUCUAACCAACUCAGAAAGUCUCACCAAUCCCCAGACGCCAGUUCAUUCUCCGAGCAAUCCCACUGGACAGUCACAGUAUCACACAACCUUCAGCUCUCUGACACCCUCAGGACCUUGCACUUCAUUGUCCACAGAUCAUAACAUGAGCCAGCAUAGCUCCACGAGACAAAAUGACCCAGCGGGAUCUGGCCUUGUCCUUCACUCACAAGACCAUGUAUGUUCUUUGCUGGGGCAGCUUUCAACCAGAGAGUGUGGAGGAUCACACUACCAUGACAGGACAGACGAUUACGGAGCAAGUCAAAAUGUAUUAGAAGACUCACAACGAUAA